AUGAGUGCUAUUACAGGUAGACCAUGUGAUGUAAAUGGUGUAUUCCUCCCCCCUGGUGCUCCACCUCCACCUCCUGAGAAUCUCGCACCUGAUGACUGGACGCCUUUUCGAAACCGCACAGAAUUUGAAACGGCCGAGUUCCUUUACAAGCACAAUCAAAUGCCAGCUGGUCAAAUUGACCGGCUACUGGAUCUAUGGGCAUCUACCCUUGCGAAGCACAACGACAACCCGCCGUUUGCAGAUCACCGUGAUCUGUACCACGUCAUUGACAGUUCGCCCUUUGGGGAUGUACCAUGGCAACGUUUUACGGUCGCCUAUGAUGGCGAGAGACUUGCAGAUGAGGACAAGCCCUGGAUGGACAGCGAAUACGAAGUCUGGUUCUGCGACCCACGUGAAGUUGCGCGUAAUAUGCUCGCAAAUUCGACUUACGCUAACGAGAUAGAUUACUGCCCGUAUAGGGAGUAUUCAACUGAGGGCAACAAGCGCCAAUGGAAGGAUUUCAUGUCUGGCGACUGGGUGUGGAAUCAAGCAGACGAAAUCGCGAAAGACCCGAGCACUCUCGGGUCGACAUUUGUCCCUGUCAUCCUUGGCAGCGACAAAACGACAGUUUCAGUCGGAACGGGUAACAACGAGUACUACCCGCUCUAUGCUUCCAUUGGGAACAUCCACAAUAACGUUCGAAGAGCGCAUCGCGAUGGUGUGGCCUUAUUCCAUUCGUCCCUUUCCAAAAUUCUUGAUCCGCUCAAGCCGGGCAUGACGACUCCCGAAGUAACGUGUUUCGGAGAUGGCCACUACCAGCAUGUCAUAUAUGGACUAGGGCCUUACAUAGCGGAUUAUGAAGAGCAAGUUUUAUUAGCAUGCAUUGUCCGUAAUUGGUGUCCAAAGUGUGUUGCAAAUCGCGAAGAUCUCGACGAAGAUGUGCUGCCCCGUAGCCGCGAAUAUACAGAGGCACUCGUUGAAGAAGCUCCCUCAGGAGAUCUUUGGGAAGACUUCGGAAUAGUCGUGCAACUUGUGCCAUUCACAAACGACUUUCCCCGAGCCGAUAUCCAUCAAAUGAUAUCACCAGAUAUCCUCCAUCAACUUAUAAAAGGCGCCUUCAAGGAUCACCUCGUGACAUGGGUCGAGAAGUACCUCCGUCAGACACACAACAAAUGGAAGGCACAGAAAAUUAUGGAUGAUAUUGACCGCAGAUUCAAACAGUGGACAGGAGAUGACUCCAAGGCCUUGAUGAAAGUCUAUUUACCUGCUAUCGAGGGCCAUGUACCUCAAGACGUUGUUCGCGCCUUUCGUGUGCUUCUAGAUUUUUGUUAUCUAGUCCGUCGCAAUAUCAUCACCGAAGACUCUCUACUUCAAAUCGAAGACGCACUCUCUCGUUUUCACCGUUACCGUGAAAUCUUCAGGACAACGGGUGUCGUCCUUCACUUCUCCUUACCUCGUCAACACUCGCUCAUGCACUAUGUUCGAAACAUUCAACUCUUUGCUGCACCCAACGGUCUCUGCUCAUCAAUCACCGAGAACAAGCACAUCAAAGCGGUCAAGGAGCCCUGGCGACGAUCGAGCCGUUACAAUGCACUUGGUCAGAUAUUACUGACCAAUCAACGGCUCGACAAACUUUCAGCACUGCGAGUCAACUUCAUGCGUCGGGGGAUGCUCACUGGCACUUGUCUCUCAGCAGUCAAUGCCUUAGAGGGCAAAAAUCGCGCUCAAACCAUUCCUGAACUCGCUGAUGAACUUGAUAUUCCUCACCUAUCUGACCUUCUCAGACGCUUCUUAUUUCAACAGACGCAUCCUGAUGAUCCCCGCGAUCCAUCCGAUAUCCCUCUUGCUGAAUGUCCCCUCUAUCUCAGCAAAAUUGCGGUCUUCAACUCGGCAUCAUCGCGAUUUUAUGCGCCAAGCAAUUUGAGUGGUAUUGGUGGCAUGCGCACUGAACACAUCCACUCUUGUCCCUCCUGGCGAGGUGGGCAUUCACGCAACGACUGUGUCUUUGUCAACACAGACUCUAGUCUACCUGGCAUGCAAGGUCUCGAAGUCGCGCGCGUUCGCGCAUUUUUUUCAUUCCAGUACCGGGGUGAAGUGUAUCCCUGCAUUGUGGUUCACUGGUUCGACAAAAUCGGCGAUGCUGCAGACGAAGACACGGGAAUGUGGAUGGUUCAUCCAGGAGAGGGUGCAAACAAUACUGCUGAGUACGCGAUCAUUCAUAUUGACGCCAUUUAUCACGCUGCCCAUCUUAUUCCCGUGUACAGCACGGAAUUCCUGCCUCCAGAGCUCAAAUUUUAUCAUUCCUAUGAUGCAUUCUGCGCCUACUAUGUCAAUAAAUACGCUGACCAUCACGCCUUUGAGAUUGCAUUUUGA